AUGGCGGCGAUGACGGUGCGCGAGGUGUUGUACAUGUACAACAUCGCACGGCAGGCAUACAACCGGUUCUUGUCCGUGUGCGGGAGCCCAGAGAAAGCCCAGAAUGCGGUGCCACUGCUGGUGUGUCUGGACCAGGGCACCAUCUCCGCCAUCCACCACGUCCCAGCCAUGGUGCCCGACGCCGUCGCCGUCGUUGAAGAAGAGGCCAAAGUCGUCCUCGAGUGCCUCCGCCACCAGAAACCUGCGCUCCCGCCCAUCCCGAUCAUCUCUGCGCUCUACAUGCAAGGCGGUGUCCACAUCGAGCCGGGCUUCUUCACCUUCCACCAGGACCUCGUCGUCCGCGGGGUCACCCACUUCCUCGAUGGUGCCGACAAGUUUGUAUUCGACGACCGCCUACAUGUCCUGCUCCGGAGGUCCGAGACUGGGCUGAUUGUCAACCCGCCGGAGCUCAUGGCGCCCUACACAUCCCAACCAGUGGCAGUGUCGGAGGACUGCCACUCCAUGUUCAUCACCUUCUCCAAAGGAAAUGCCCUCCACCGCGAGGAGAUCUUUGAGUACUUGGCAUACACUAGUCAAUCUAUUGAUUAA